AUGGCUGGACGAACUUCCAGGCCAGACAUGAGCAGGAGACAUGUGGGUGCUCUUCAUGUCAAUAGUCUCUUGACUCCAUACGCACCCAAGAGGCAGAUCUCAAGACCUUUCUCCAUAGUGAACAAGAGGCAAAAUGCAGAUUCGACAGGGAGUGAAGACAGUAAGUCUUCCAAGGCAAAGGAUGAGCCUAAGGAAGACGGCGCAAUGGCUCGACGGUUGUCGGAGAUGACAGAACAAGCUAUUUUAGAAGGAGGUAGUUCUACGCGCAAGAACAUGCAACAAGUGGGGUUUUCGGAAGACUUGAAGAAAGAGCUCGAGGAACGCAUAGCUGCAAGUAGCUUCAAGAGUGAACAUGCAGCUGCUCACUCAAUUGUGAACAUGCCGACAAGCGCAGGUCAAGGUACUCGGGAUAUUGCUGGAGCUCAGCCUUGGAGUGGAACAGAAACCAUUCACGAUGUCACCCUACGUAUGCUGGAUAGCUCGUCGAAGCCACUCCAUACCCCGUAUAAAAUACCCCAACCCAGCCCGGUCGAUAUGCGGAUUUCUCCAAAAUCCAAAAAGUCAGCCAGUCUCCGUCUCGCCGAGGCUAAAGAGCGUACCUCCACAUACUCAAUGAGUCAGAGCCCCGGCAUCUCGGAUAAUGAGCGCGAAGCUAUGCGGAAAGAGAUGCGUGAAAGAUUUACCCCCGGAGCCCGCCCAAUGCCAAUGACAGUUCAAGGUCUGGCCUCUCUUGCCAACGAACGAAUAGAAGAUGCAAUUGCACGAGGCCAAUUCGAUAAGAUUAAGAGAGGCAAGGGGGUUAAUACAAAGAUGGACCAUAACGCACAUAGUGCAUAUAUUGAUACCACAGAAUAUUUCAUGAAUAAGAUGAUCCAGAAGCAGGAGCUCGUACCACCUUGGAUCGAGAAGCAACAGGAAAUAGCGAGGGAUGUUGAUCGGUUUCGUCAACGCCUACGAACCGAAUGGAGACGGCAUGCUGCCAGACUGAUAGCCAGUCACGGAGGGUCACUGGAGGUACAAAUGAGACGUGCUCAGGCUUACGCUGUCGCGGAGGCCCGACUGGCAGAAAGAACCAGGAUAGAGAGGUCAUUCCAGGGGGGUUAUGAUGUUGCUCUUCCCUCAGCAAAUUUGGACAACGAUAAACAGGCGUUGGAUUCCCAAUCGUCUCCAUCCCCAGCGCCGGAAGUCUCCAACGCACUUGAUGGUGGAGACGGCAGUCAUCUCCCAGAUGUGCCACCACUUCGGGACCCCGAAUAUCUUUCAACCGAGCGCUCUUUCUACGAACUCACAAUUAAGAAUAUCAACACUCUUACUCGUUCCUACAAUCUGCAGGCACCACCUGUUGCGCAAAAGCCAUACCUGAACCUUGAACGCGAACUCUCGGCAUGUUUUGCAGAUGUAGCCCCCAGCCUAGCGGACGAGAUCAAAAAACGCGCGACCGAGAGAGCGCGCAGGCCUGGGUCAAUGGGCUCCAAAGCUACCGGGCUUGUUGACUCCUUCAGCACGUUACCAUCGGCUGAUGUGUACGAGGAGGACCAAUCUAAAGGUUACGGAUUCAAGCAAUUUUGGAGGGACAUAUUUUCAAAGAAGACCGAGGUAGGCCAGAAUAAGACCGAUAAGGCUCGCGGUGGCAGGUAG